AAAACAAGAAAAAAAAGAUCAGUACAUUUUGAAAAGAUCCAUAGGGACAAAAAAAAACAUAGAUCAAUGGCAAGACACAACAGAGGUACUGAACUCAAUGCUUAUUAGACCGGAUCCAAUCCGUGGACAUAGAAUCGAAAACGGAAACCAAAUCGGGUCCACUGUUACUAGAAGACUCAAGAGAGAAACAAAACAAAAAGAUAAAACCAAACUACUAAGAAAACAAAUAAGUGGACACAUUUCUUGAUAUACAAUCUUUAUGUAGUAAUCUACUUUAUCUCAAAUUCUUUAACAAAAAGCAAACAACACCAAAGAGCAUAGAAACAACUGAUUGAACAAUCAUCAAAAAGAAGAAAGAAGACGAUAAGUUCACAAAAGCAGAGCCAAUAAAGAAACACAAUGCCCUUUCCUCGUAAUCCAUCACUAAGCUUAGUAUCUUAACCUCUUCUUCUUUCGUCUCCUUAGCCACCAAGAAAAGCCAAAAAGACCUAAUCAUCACUCACUCACCUUCUUCUACAUAACUCUCUAGCCACUUUGUCUCCCUCUUCAUCAGCAAAAGAACAACACAAACACUCUCUUUUAUACACACAAUUCACAUAAGCAUUUUCAACAAAAAACACAAAGAAGAGAAGAGAUUCAAAACCUUUAUAGAUGAGCACGGAUUGGGGACCGGUGAUUGUAGCGGUGUCUCUAUUCAUCCUACUCUCACCAGGACUACUAUUCCAGCUUCCGGCCAGGACAAGAGUGGUUGAAUUCGGAAACAUGACGACAAGCGGUAUAGCCAUUUUGAUUCACGCGGUUAUAUACUUUUGUAUAUUCACAAUCUUGGUGAUAGCUAUACAAAUUCACAUCCAUUUCUAGUUUCUACUCUUAAUAUCAUGUAACAACAACAAAAAAAAGAGGAGGCCUUUAUAUUGCCAAACUCCAAUGUAUGUACAGAUCUGUAGUCUUUCUACAUUUCUCCUCUUCUUUAGCUUUCA